GUCGGGCCAAUAAAUCCAUCCAUUUUGCUCACUUUUAUCCUGCCUGAUCCUGGCCCAAUACCGUGAUUUGUUGAAUGUUAAGUUGUUGGGCUAGCCGGAUUCGAAGCCUGCUUCUAAACGCCACAACAACGACAACACAGCCAACUCCUUGUUCCGCCUCCGCUCCGCCGCUUUAUUCCUCGCCGGAGUGGAGGGGGCGGUCGAACUGUCGAAGCGAACAAAAACCCCAGACCACACCGCGAGAAGAGAGCGCAGCCACCUCGCCUCCGCUCCUCAGCCAUGGCAGCCGCCGGCGUCGUCGCUGAGCCCAAGACCAAGUACGAUCGCCAGCUCAGGAUAUGGGGUGAUCAAGGACAAGCGGCACUGGAGAAGGCUAGCAUAUGCUUGCUUAAUUGUGGUCCUACUGGAACUGAAGCACUGAAGAAUCUCGUGCUUGGAGGAAUAGGAAGUGUCACAGUUGUCGAUGGAUCCAAAGUUGAAGCAUCUGAUCUGGGGAAUAACUUUUUAUUGGAUGAAGGAUGUUUGGGGCAGCCAAGAGCUAAAUCCAUAUGCUCUUUCCUACAAGAGCUGAAUGAUGCUGUUAAAGCCAAGUUUGUUGAGGAGACUCCAGCAACUUUGAUAGACACUAAUCCUUCAUUCUUUUCCCAGUUCACUAUUGUUAUUGCUACUCAGCUUCUGGAAAGUUCUUUACUGAAGCUAGAUGAUAUCUGCAGAAAAGCAGAUAUCGUGUUGGUUGCUGCACGUUCUUAUGGUCUAACUGGUCUGGUCAGGGUCAGUGUCAAGGAACACUGUGUGAUAGAAUCAAAACCAGACCACUUCUUGGAUGAUUUGCGCCUUCACAAUCCAUGGGCUGAACUCAAGCAGUUUGCAAAAUCAAUUGACAUAAGUGAUAAAGAUCCUGUUGUGCACAAGCAUACGCCAUACAUUGUUAUCCUUGUGAGACUUGCAGAAAAAUGGGCAGAUUCACAUGAUGGUAAUUUACCUUCAACUCGGCAAGAGAAAAGGGAGUUUAAGGACCUGAUUCGGGCCCAUAUGCUUAAUGUAGAUGAAGAAAAUUACAAAGAAGCUGUUGAGUCUUCAUAUAAAGUAUCAGUUACUCCAGGAAUCAGUAAUGAGAUCCGUCAGAUAAUUGAUGAUAACUCCGCAGAAGUCAAUUCAUCUUCAUCAGAUUUCUGGAUUUUAGUGGCUGCUUUGAAGGAAUUUGUUACAAAUGAGGGCAAUGGCGAGCUGCCUCUUGAGGGAACAAUUCCUGACAUGACUUCACUUACUGAGUAUUAUGUAAGCCUACAAAAGAUUUACCAAGCUAAGGCUGAAGCUGACUGUGUUGCCAUGGAGCAUCACGUAAAGGAUAUCUUGAAGCGGAUUGGUAGACAUCCGGAUUCUAUUUCAAGGGCCUAUAUCAAAACAUUUUGUAAAAAUGCUAGAAAACUCAGGGUUUGUAGAUAUCGUAGCAUUGAGGAGGAGUUUAGCUCUCCCAUUGUCUCUGAGGUUCAAAGGUAUUUCACCGAUGAAGAUUACAGUUAUGCAAUGAACUUCUACAUUCUACUACGCGCCGUUGAUCGAUUGUCUGCCAACUAUAAUAGAUUGCCUGGAAUUUUUGACAGUGAGAUUGAUGAGGAUAUCCCUAGGCUGAAGACUGUUGCUGCUUCAGUGCUAAGUGAGAUGGGCUUGAGCGGAGCAUCCUUAUCUGAAGAUCUGAUAACUGAGAUGUGCCGGUUUGGGGGUGCAGAGAUUCAUACAGUGGCUGCUUUUAUUGGUGGCAUUGCUUCCCAAGAAGUAAUAAAGCUGGUGACCAAGCAGUCUGUGCCCUUGCGGGGAACAUUUAUAUUCAACGGAAUCGACCUCAAAUCUCAAGUUUUGGAACUAUAAUGUGGCUGUGGAGGCUCCAUUUGAGAUGCCCCAGUUUUUUUGUGCCGUGACCUCGCGCUUCAAUGGAAUCAGUUUGCCCGUGUACUUGGCCAAGAUCAGGUCUGAACUGGAUCAUUGUACCGACGAGGAGCCUAAUUCGCAUGAUAUUUAGAUGAGUGGCAUUCUCGCCAUGUAGGUUCAUAUAAUCUGCUGCUCUGUUUCCACCUUUUGGGACACGGAAAAUGAAUCCGAGAAAAGUGGUCAAUAUUUAAGAAUGCAUCUGAAAUCUAUGUCACUCCCCCAUGUUGAAG